UCAUCAUCUCAAUUGAAGGAACGUGCCAUGGCUGACAUAGAGCGAAGGCAAGAUAAUGGCCAAGAACUUGACACUCCUGGCAACGACAUCCCUGCCCAACCUGCCCCUGCUUCAGCGGCAUCAGCGGUCCAAGCAGGUCUUCCGACAGAGUCAGGCAUGCCCGAACCUUCGUUCGUUGUUUCAAACGACUCGACGAGAGCCCAUGGCUACUCACAGACCUCGCUGACUUUUGCUGUUCUGGUAGUGUCUGUGGCAAUGUUUUCAUAG